AUGGAAAAAGGAAAAUCAGCAUUAAGCAAAGUUUUGGAAUCUUUGUGCAUACAUCACCAGCAACAAGUUUUGGCCAUGUUGAAAUUAGUCCAAGAGCAGAAUGCUGCUUCUCUUUGCUCUUGUAAUGCAUCAUAUACUGUGUCUUCAGAAUCUCAAAAGCCCCUAAUUGAAGAUGAUUUACAUGGUCUAUUCUGUAAUUAUGAAUAUAGGCUGGCAGAAAGAGGGUGUUUACGAAAUGAAAGACAAAGCCCUGGUUUUGUGCCUCUGCCAGUCUGUAUUAAAGAUUUACAUUGUUUAUCUUGCCAAACUGUAACUAUUGAACACAUUAAGACAGUAGUGAAUAGAGGAAUUGCAAACAGUUCUAAUUCUCACAGGUGCUGUUCUGGACUGUUACCAAACAUUCACUCCACAAAACCAACGUUUCAUGCUCCUCUUUCACCAAGGGAAGUAUGUGGUGUUUCAGUCAGUCUUAAGGACUUUUGUGGAUCUCGAAGUCCGUCACCUCCCCCAUUAUCACCUGUACAGACUGAAGGAUUCGAAAAAUUGAAAGAUGUCGUCUCAGAGCUUUCGGCCUUAGAAGAUAAUGGACUUGAAAUAAACAUUAACCAGCCUCCAUCUCUCAUACCAGCAGAAAUAAACAGUGACAAGGGUGACCGCGAAGGUAAAAUACGUAAAACUAAAAAAUCCAGUGACUCUGAUUAUUUGCUUCUGGAAGACAGCGGUAAUUGUACUACAAAUCGUGAAAAAGGUGAAACUACUAUAAUUUUUCAAGAUUUAAUGGAUCGUAUUAAUGAAAAACUAAAAUCAAUAGAAACUACAGAUGUGACAAACCUUAUAAAAUUAUCUAGCAGUGAUUGUAAUACAGAUAAUGAUUUAAAACUGAGAGAUUUAAUAUCCUCACUCUUGAAUAAUGCCAAGGCCAGUGAUUACAGUUUCAUGGAAUUGCUGAGUCAACAUGAUAAAAAGGUAGAAAAUAAAAUUAUUCAGACAAGAUUUCGAAAGCGUCAAGAAACCUUAUUUUCAAUGCACAACUCUCCUGAUUCACCCAUGUUUAGAAGGCAGUCUUUACAAAUAAAAAGAGAACUUGCUAGUCUUGAUGAAAAUUUUGUAAGAAAAAAAUACACUGAAAAAAAUUCAAGGAAGUUGACAUGCAAUGAUGAGAUACUUUCCAUGGACAAAAAAGAAUUCUAUCAUUGCCAAGGGUCUUUACAAAAUUCUGAAAGCUUACAAGAUAAUAAUCAUGCAGAAACAUCAUUUUCACCAGAUUGUGCAUUACAAUCAUUGCAACUACCUCUUCAUAGUUUAGAAACUAACUUGGCUUUUGAUGCAUUUUCAGAAAGCUUUAAAACAACUUCCCCUGGGAAAAUGAGCAUAAAAUCACAGGAGAAAUCUGCAGCUGGAAAAAAACUUUUGCAAAAUCACAAGGAGAAUCCAAAACUGGAGAAUACUCAAACUCCUUUGAAAAGUGAUGUUCCUGGACUUUUGAGCAGAACUAAACGAAAUAUUGUGCGCCCAGGGUGGUAUUCUAUAUAUGUAACAAAUAAUUAUGUUUUUAAAAAAUCCCCUAAGGCCAAAAAACUUUCUGAAUCUACAAAAAAAAAAGACCCAGUGAAAAAUAUUCAAAUUGAAAGCUCACACAAUAUAGAUCUAAACAAAAUUGCAAUGAAUUCUAAUUUACAAGUUGUUGUGGAGCGUUUGGAAGACACAAUAAAUAUGGCCAAAAAGUCUUUGAAUAAUCACUCAUUAUCUGAAGGAUGCAAGGCAUCCAAGAAAUUGAUAGAAAUUAAUGGUAAAGAUCAAACUGCAGGUAGAAAUAUGACUCUUACUUUAAGCAGAACGACAUGCAAAGAACAGAGUUUAUCAAAAUCUGUGGUAGCAGCCAGCAAUAUCAAAAGCAGUCAUAUUCCUACAAUAGAUAUGAAUAGCAAAAGACUUGAUAAUCUGGAAAAGUCUUCUAUUUUAGAUGUGAGUAGCUUGAUUUCCAAUGUUCAAAGUGUGCCAACAAAAUAUGAAGCCAUUGAAAGCUCUUCUUUUUCCAGCUAUUCUAGCCCUAUCAAACUCAUGUUUUUAUCUGAGGUUAAAAGCAGUGAAGGAGUCAAAUAUACUUUAACUUCAGUUGGUACUUCCAAAUCAAAUAUUGAUCUUCCUUCUGAAAAAUGUCCAACUCAUCAUGUAAUUGAAAAAAAAACAGAAACAAAUAAGGAUGUCCCAAAUGCUAACUUUGAAAAUUAUAGUUCUAAUCUUAAUGAUAGUGACCCUUUACAGGGAGAACUAAACAAAUUUAAUUGUGCAAAAGAAACUACAGAAUCCCCUGCAAUGUUUAUAGAUGAUAUGAAUAGUGAUAAGCCACAACAUGAACCUAAGGAAAAUCCAAGCAAUGGUAUUGAUUCAUCUUUUAAACGAAAACCAGGUAGACCUAAAAAAAUAGGUCCCCAGGUUGUGAAACAAAUUAAGCGGCCAAUUGGAAGACCACCAAAACCUAAAACUGAUCAAACAGACAUCACCAUUUGCCAAAAUGAGUCUUCUAGUGCUGGAAAGAAAAGUCCAGAAUCUCUCCUAUCAGAAGUAGAAGAAGGUAUUUAUAAAAAGAGUAUUACUGUAACUGUUAUUUAUGGAAGAUCAAGAAGAAGUAGAAGGCAUGUUUCUGAAGGAACUGUAAACAUAAGCAAUAUUAUGUCUUUCAGCAAUAAUGUUGCUGAUUUUCCAACUGAAUGUAACAGUCUCAGAAAUACUAGAGAAUACAAAAUUGACUCAGGUGAAAGAAGUGCUGUUUCAAGUUUGACUACUGAAAGUGAGAUCUUGGGGUCUGGCUUUGAAUAUGUUAGGCCUAUCAAGAACAAGUCUGUGAUACCUCAACCUUCCAAGAACAUUAUUCGACCAAAUCAGAAGCCUUUUGCAAUAAUGAGGAAGCCUGGUAGACCUGCAAAAGUGAAAAUCUCUGGCAUAUCUGUGACUAUUAAUAGAGUUUCACCUCAGGAGAGAGAAGUAAGUAUUAGCAGCUGCUUACCUCCUUUAGAACAAGAAAAUACAUUAGAAAAAAAUCUGGCUGAAGAAAAGUAUGAUCACCAAUGCAGUAAGAUGGAUACAAGGCACACUGAAGCUGACAUAUUUAAGAAUGGAUCAAAAAGUAUGGUUGCUACUAUACCUUUGAGACAUUCUAUUAGGGAUAGAAAACCAUCUCUCCAUUUCUUACAUCCAUUAGCAUCGUCUAGCUCACUUAUUUAUAGAAAUGCUCUGCUCCGUAAAUCAUAUAAACUCCAUUUGCAGAAAGGUAAAAGUCAGAAGGAAAAACAUAGGCAGUCAAGGAUAAAAAUAGCUUCGAAAGGUACCCCAGCAACUAGAAAUUCAAGGAAUGCAAAAAUGUGUUUGGAAGAUAACAAAUUAAUACCCAUUUCUGAAGUAUCCUUGGACCCUAUAAUUUCAUCAAAUCCUUUGCUCAGGUGGUGGGCUGCUUCUACUUCAAACGAUUCCUUACUAGAGGAAUUAAACAAUAGAUUUGAGCAAAUAACAAAUGCUUGGGUACAAGUGAGUGGAGAUGAAGCUGGAAACUGUGUUCAUAAAAAAAGAGAACGCAUUGAAAAUGAUAAUUUCAAAAUAGCAAACCCUUUGGAAACCUGUCUUUUAGAACUUGAAGUUUCACCUGUAAAAAUGCUUUUUCAGAAAAAGUAUGAUUUGAAUGAACUCUGUAUCUGGUUUAUGCAAACAACAGAAACACAGUCUCUUUCACUAGUUAGAAAAGCAAAUGCUCGAAACCCUUUGGAAGUAAUAAACACCAGAGGAAUUAAAUUAGGGACCAAAUAUUCUAAUUUUAAUACCAGCCCCUUCAGAAAGCACUUUAAAAAAUUUGCACUAUCUUCUCCUUCAAAAUCAGCAGGGAAGUUGCAUAUACUGCAUAAAAUGGUUAGCUCUCCACUGUUAAAUGUGAAAAGUAAUUUAACAUUAGCUAGAUUAAAAAGAACUGAGUUUAAGAGGUUGCAACAUGCAAAGUGGAAAAGAGAGGGAAAGCUGCACAACCAUGGAACAAUUGAUUGGAUCUCUAAAAGGAGGAACUUAAGAUUUUUCUGCCAGAACCAAUUUUUAAAUAAGACUGAGGGGGGAACAAAGGCUGACAUCCCACUCCAAGGAAAAAACACAAUAGAUAAUCAGUUUAUUUUGCCACCUGAGAUCAGGGAUGACUCUUUGCAACAGAAGGUGGUGAUGUCUGACUUGAAAACACAUGCUAGUUUAGAGAAUAAUUUUAAGUCAGAAGCAAAGGAGAAUGGAACAAAUUGCAGCCAAAAAGAUUUUGAAAAGGGACCAAGGCUAGGAAAUGUAUGUCCAAAUAAUUGGAGGUCAAAAACCUUAAAAGAUUGUAGAAUAUUUUUGAGGAAGAUCAACUAUCUUGAACACAGAAAUACUUUUAAGCUAAAUACAAUCAUUUACUCUCCUGAAUCUAUUGACGGUGGAAGUAAUCAUCAGACUCAUAGAGAAGAAUCAAAGUGCUUUACCUUAAGAUCCCAUUCUGCUAGGCAAAAUUCUUUUAAAAAGCAAUCUAAAGAAAUAGAAAAUGCUAGAACAAAUAGUCCUUCAACCAAUAAAUUUCCUGGCCAACUUGACAACAGUAAAUUAAAUAAAUGUGUUAACUAUGACAAGAAUCCUGAUAGUUCUGAUGUUCUUAGCAAAUUGAACAAAAGAAAAAGACCACCAUGGAAGACCACAGAAAUGUCAACAAAAAGACAUAAACGACAGUCUUGCAACAGUGGACAAAUGGCAAACUAUUAUUCAAAAUCCCAACUAGCCUCCAGACCUGCUUUGUCUAUCCGAGCAUGCUACAAAUGAAAACUGAUGAGAAAUUGAAUUUGUCCGAUGGGAAUACAGCAAGUUGCCCUUUGAGCCCCAUUAAGAUGUGCCUUAAUCGUCCCAUUGAAUGGAAUCUGAAUUUGACAGCAGCAUCUCUAGCGAGCUGUACAGUUCAUAACCAAAACCUCAAAAGUGAAGAGAAAUAGAUUGCAGUUCUUCUUGCACUAUCCUUAUUUUGUACAUCAGUAUUCUUUCUGCAUUUAUCAAUUGAUCUUGAAAUAUUUCUAGUCCUGUGAUGUCUUUAUAUUAAAUAUAAUCAUUAGCAUUAAUCAUUUGGAUUAUAUUCUUUGUAUGUUUUUUUACGUUUUACACCGGACCGUUGUGGAAUUUUGCAGUACAAAUGGAUUUUGAUGUUUCUCUUUUUAAAGGUAUUUUGUGAAUUUUUUUAUGCCCUAAGUUUAAAUACAUAAUUGUUCCCAGUUUUAUUUCUGUGCACAAAGUUUUAAUAUAUACUGCAUUAUGUGAUUUAGAAGGCUAGUAUUGUAAAGAUUUGUGAUGACCUGACCAUUAACAGUUGUAUAAUAGGUGGAUACCAACUACCUCGAAGCAAACUGGUAAAAGGCAAAGGUAUCUCUUAGAAGUAUAUCUCUUUCAAAGUUAUAUAUGUAUAGAAAAAUUGAUCAUAGUUUAUCACCAAGUAGCAUGUUUUCAUUCAUAGAAUUUGAGCUGAUCAGUUCUUUCUCUGUACUUUUAAACCUAUAAAAUCUGUGUGCUGUAAGAUCAAUGGCACAAUUGCAUGUUUACUCUUCAGCAAAGCUGUGCCUCUUGCAGACAAGAAUACUGUUUGGUGUAAGUUAUCAGUUUUGAAUGAAAAAAUGGUAAAUGGAUUUACAUCUAUUGAUUUGAUUGUAUUUUAGCCAUUUAAGUGUAAAAUGUCUUUUAAAAUCAGGAUAAAAUUCCUUACCUUUAACUAUAAUAGUGCAAAAGCAUAGCUUCAGCAAUGGCUACGUGAUUGUGUCUAAAACUUGAAUAGUAAGAACACUAAAGGUUUGGUGCUUAAAUUUAUUUUUCCCAUGCCAGAGAAAAAAAGCUCUGGUAUGGUGGUCCAUGGAAGUAUAUAAGAACAUGGCUCCUUCCCUUUGGAUAGCCUGGCUGUGGGGUAAAUGGGAUUUAGUCUAUGGUGUUUCUAAACACUUUUCCUUAUAGCACAUUCUGUGUACACUUUAAGUCCUAUAUCUCCCUAUCCCUCACCCCAAAAAAUUAUUUUUAAAGUGACAGGGAUUUAACAAAAUAAGACUUACAUAAGGAAUUUGAAGCACAGGAAGACACAGAGCCAACAGAAUGAAAAACAAUCAUCUAUUUUUUAUUGUUUUUACGACCACAUCUGCCUUUUCCUUUUGCUUAAUAAGCAUUCUUACUUUGUAACUUUCAGACUCCUUUUAUAUUUCUGAGUUUUAUAAAGCACAUAUAUUAUGUAAUAUAGCAAUUUGGUUCUAAAAAGCACAACGAUUUUAAUUUAGCUCUUAGAACAUCACCUUAAAUAAAUGGCCUAAAUAAAUCUUAAAAAGCACAAUUAUUAAAACAAAUCCAAUGUUAGGACAUUUCUAUUCUGGAUAAUAAAGAGAAAAAGUAAUCAGAGGGAUAAGAAAACAUGUUUUGCUGGGUGUUGCAGACAGAAAGAGGACUGAGUUCAUACUCCAUUCCACAACUGAGGCAAGUGCCAAUUUGGGAAGAAAAAUGAGAUUGACAAUGAAGAAACAGUGGCUCAUAAACUAGUAUAUAAAGGACUUCUGUCAUGCUUUUCCUACUAGAAUUGUCUUUUAUUAUCCACAGUAUUUAUUUUGUUAUGCCAAAAACGUAGAAAGCAACUCCAUAAUUAACAUGUGAAAGUGCGGGCACCUGCCUGGCUCAGUCAGUAGAGAGAGCAUGUGACUCUGGAUCUUGGGGCAUGAGUUCGAACCCCAUAUUGGAUGUAGAGAUUACUUAAAAAAAAAAAAAGUACAUGUGAACAUCUCCUAACCCAAGAAAUGCCAUCAGAAACAUAAGAAAACUAGAGCUCUCAUAUGCAAAUAUUGUAAGAAGAGAAAUUAUCCAUUCAGAUAGCAUUACCAAAAUGUUUUUAGUGUAAGAAUCACAAAAUUAUCAAAAUAACUGUUCAGCUUAGAUGCUGGGAACUUUGGAGUCAUUGUAGUAGUCCUCCUUCCUGAAGGUAAGCAAGCUCCUUUCUAGCCAGUUUAUGGUACUUCAUUUGCCCUUGAGAUGUCCCUUUUUAAAUGUGUUCUGAAGUGUUCUCAUCUAUGUUGGAUGUGCCCUAUCUAAAUCACAAGCUUCUCAAAUGCAAGCUACUAGCUAGUUACACUGAGAAGCUGUCCAGAACGCCAUAUACUAAAUGUGAGAGUUCACGCAUCACCUGAGAAGCCGAUUUGCAAAGCAGUUUCCUAGGCCCACCUUAGACGCUGGUUACACCCCCGGGUCCGCUGCAGGCUUCUGUGGAGCGCCAGCCAGGUGCUGUCCUAAUGUUUCAGUAAAGGCCAAAGUAACGUGGAGUCACACAGCACAAUGUCCUACAAGCUAUCAGGCAUUUUCUGAUUUUGAUACAAGGGUAACUUUAUUAAAGCAGAAAACUGAACAUAAUUUUAAAGGACAUGGUUAAAAGGACUUCACCUCCAUCAUCUCUUCUAACUUAUAUCUUCAUUGAGAAACUCUGCAAGGUUAAGUUUACUUUUUUCUAGUGCUGCUGUUUUGGCUCGUCUUGGCAAUCUCAUCUUCAUUUCUGAUUCUGGCUCUGGAAUUUCAGGGUCACUAAAUGGAUGUUGAAAAUACACCAAUUUAAAUACAAGCUUUAAAACAAGUUUAUUUAUCAAUAAAACUUUUUGUUUCUGUCAUUUUAUCAGUGUGUAAUUGAUAUCCUGAUUUUACUAAGUUUUUAAAACUAAAACCAAAAAAGACUUAUUGGCUAUCCUGCCAAGUAAAUCAUGGAAAACCUAGCUAAUUGCUUUUUAUUUCUAUAUGGAACCUGGUAUUAUAAGGAAAAACAACAUUUUGUAAUGAAGUGAUUAAACAGAACAACUGCCCAAAAGAAUUUUGGAGGACAACACAAAGUGAAAAAACAUCUUACAUUCUCUUAAUUUAGGUAAUACAUUCUUAAAACACUCUGUAAAGAGCAGGUUUCCAAAAAACAUUUUAAAUUUAGUCAAAACUUAACCUAAAGCUAUAUACUGAAAAUACACACAUUACAAUUUUACCAAUAGAUGAACACAAGGCAACUACAAACUUUCAGCUUACGACAGUGGCUUAAUUGGCAGAAUCUAAAAAUAAACACUACACGACAAAUAAUAUAUAAUUUACAAUGAUAGAGUAAUCCUGCUUAUAAAUGCUAAGAACCCAAAUCUAAAUCCUUUAAGAGUUUGCUAAUUCAAGAUCGGAGAGCCAUACACACAAUCAUGUAGUUAGAAGCAUACAUGGAUAUAUAAACUGAAAGGACAUAUUAAAGAUGACCACCUAAGACUACGGGCCAUCCCAGUAGGAAAAGCACACAAGACAUGGGACGUCAAAUGCUCUUGAUAAUGGAAUUCUAGACUAUAUAUAUCCAAGACCUUGUGAUUUACAGUUUUCACUGAGUAUCUUAUACAUACUGAGUUUCUCUCCUUCACAGUGUUAGCAAGCUACAAUUUCUUUUCUACUCCUAGACCAAAAAAACCCCCAAAAAACACAUCCAUUUUCUAGAUGUACAUGGCAUACCUUUCAGAGUCAACCUCCACAGUCUGACGUCUCCUGUUCAUCCUAGCUGAAGCUGUCACUUUUCUCCGUCCUUCAAGACAGUAUAUAAUUCAUUAUCAAAAUUUAUUCUCAAUUGCUGACUGUUUCUAUUUUCUGACCUACCCAAAUCCUUCAUUUUCCCUCUGCAACAAAUUUCUUCCUAGUUUCCAGCCAUUUAUUCUUUUGUAAGCUUGGGUAAUAGGCAAAGGAAAAUAUGGAAAUCAAAUUAUAAGGAGGCAAAUUUUAGUUAAAUAUAUUUGGGAGAAAGAAGAAUGUGAAAAACAUGCUAUGUAAAGAGAAGUACUUCUGCUAUAGCACAUGACCUGCGGAGAAACUAAUGAAAAUUAAGGGGAGAUAAGUGGGGUAUGCCCAUCAGCAGACCUGGGAGAGAGAGCUUUAAACAGUAAGGUAAUGGCUUCUUACAAAAUACUCAAAUGUAUACAUGGCCAAUUCAAGUAUGUGUUACAAAACAUUUUUCAGUAUAAAAACUAGACCUUCUAACAAUAUGCUGAAGGUUGCAAAAAUUCUACUUGCUAGAAAUUUCCAAGGUUAAGAAGAUAAAGUUUAGCCCAUGAUGCUCCCUCAUUUAUGAUAAGAAUCUGAUCAAAUUGCUCAGUAUGAACAUUUGGUUGAAAUUUAUAUACCCUAUUUAUUAUUCAUGUGAGACUUAACUGUUUUUCUCCACAACCUUACAUAUUUGCUCAUAAUGCAGCUAGCCCCAAGAAAACAUCCAACAAUAUGGGACUAAUUUGGAACAAUACCCAACAAUAAGCAUGUAAAUAAGUGAUUGGCUACAAAAAUAUUAUGGCCAGAUUCCGUUUAGAAAAAACUUAAUUCUGCAUAGGGCCUCAAAAUUGUUUUUUAAGAAUUAAAAUAAUGGUUGGCUCAUGGGUGGGAUGAUUAGCGUUCUUUAUAUUAGUUUGCUUGCAUGUAUUUUCUGAUUCUUCUGUAAUAAGCAUGAAUUGCUUUUGUAAUAAUAAUAAAACAAUAAAAAGAUGUUGAAUUUCA